UUGAAGGGUUGUGGCAACUCUGCAUUGAGCAAGUCUAUUGGUGCCAUGGUCUAUUGGUGCCAUUUUUCCAAUAGCAUAUGCUCACUUUGUGUCUCUGUGUCACAUUUUGGUAAUUUACAAAAUAUUUAAAAUUUUUUCAUCUUUAUUAUAUCUGUUACAGUGAUCUGUGAUCAGUAAUCUUUGAUGUUACUAUUGUCAUUCUUCCUUUGGGGAACCAUGAACUGUGCCCAUGUAAGAUGGUAAAUUUAAUCAAUAACUGUUGAGUGUUCUGACUACUCUGCCACCUGAUCAUUCCCCCAUCUCCCUCCUUCUCUCUUCUUGAGCCCCCCAAUCCCUGACACAAUAAUAUUAAAAUUAGGCCAAUUAAUAAAUCUACAAUGGUCUCUAAGUGUUGAAGUGAAAACAAGUCUCACAUUUUUAUGUUAAAUCAAAAGCUAGAAAUGAUUAAUUUAGUGAGGAAGCCAUGUCAAAAGCUAAGAUAGGCUGAAAGCUGGGGCUCUUUUGCCAAACAGUUAUCCCAAUUGUGAAUGCAAAGGAAAAGUUCUUAAGGGAAAUUAAAAGUGCCACUGCAGAGCCAGAUCUUGAGACUGAGGUGUUAAGAGUUUACCCUGAGGCCAAGGGAGAAGCCACAGAAGGUUCACGGGAGGGGGAGGACAUAAGACAUCCAACAGGUCUGAGUUCCUCUCAUAGCAGUAGGCUUUGGUCUGAGUCAGGAUGAGUCUAGGACUUGCUCCCCAAGGGACUGUGGGGACUGGGAGGAGCAGGGGAGCAGGAAGAAGGUCCAAGCUGAGGGGAACGGCAAAGAGAUGUGAAGGAGAUGCUCUCUAAUCAGGACACACUCAGAGGUACCCAUUUCACGUUGCUAACAUGCCAGUCUCUGUGCACUUCUCCAUAAUGGAGAUGUUAUCAUUAUGAGGAAACUGAGGUUCAGAGAAGUCGAGAGACUUGCAUGAGGUCACACAGUGAGAAAGUGGCCCGGUUCAGAGCCCACACCCUUAACCCCAUAUUCCACUGCCAGAUAGGACUCCCCAGACCCCAUGUGGAGCUGGGUCAGUGGGGCCUCUCCCACUUGCACCUUAUCUGACUCCAGGUCCCACCCUGAGACAGGCUGGUUCCAGGUGGUAGUGAGACGGGACCCCCUGGGACCAUGCCAGGCUGGGACGGCCACCAUCUGAGGUCGCCCCGGGUCCUUUCCCCUAGCUAUGGAGACCAGGUGCAGCACUUCAAGGUGCUGCGCGAGGCCUCGGGGAAGUACUUCCUGUGGGAGGAGAAGUUCAACUCCCUCAACGAGCUGGUCGACUUCUACCGCACCACCACCAUCGCCAAGAAGCGGCACAUCUUCCUGCGCGACAAGGAGCCCUUGCUCAAGUCACCUGGGGCCUGCUUUGCCCAGGCCCAGUUUGACUUCUCAGCCCAGGACCCCUCGCAGCUCAGCUUCCGCCGUGGUGACAUCACUGAGGUCCUGGAGCAUCCAGACCCCCCACUGGUGGCGGGGCCAGUCCUGCGGGCACGUUGGCUUCUUCCCACGGGGUUAUGUGCAGCCCGUGCACCUGUGAGCAGCCCGGCGGCCGAUCUGGCCAAUGGGCCAUUUUACAGGAACUGAGAUCCAGAGAGGACAUGGACACCCCCAGCCCGGUCAGAGUCACACGGGGCUCAGUGGACCGCCUUGGACUGAACCAUGGGCUUCUAACUGCCUCCGGCCACUUCACACAAACUGGGAUGGCCCAGGUUCCCCAGCAAGGGUCCCCAGCAAGGGUAGCUCCAGGGCUUCCUGGCUGGUUGCCUCCCAUUGGCUGCCAGCUGUGUGACACCACAGGGCGGAGUCUGUGAAGACCCCACCCACCUCCUCUUGUCAAUGGCCCCAUCUGCCAGGAAGGUUGAGGACUCCUAGGUUUCACCCACUGGAGGCUCAACCUGAGGAACCCUGGCCAUGGUGGGUGGGUUCACCUUGGGCUGACCACCCACUGGGCCUGCCUACCCCUCCCUCAAAAGGCCCCUGGAGUUGUUCGGGCUGUUGGGAGGUGGCUCACCCUCGAAGGACAGACUGCACACCUGUUGACCUAAAUUCACUAGACAGACUCCAGGUGGACACCAACUCCUCAACAGCCCCAUGACUUCAGCUCCACCUGGGGCACCCAGCACCCCCUGCCCCACCACAGGGCUAGAGGCCCUGAGACCCUGAAAAAGGGGCAGGCAGUAGGGAAGGUGGAGGCACACUCCUCUUCUGUUGGACAGGUGAGCUCUGAGGGCAAGCCCUGGGCCUAGCCAUGCAGAGACCCUGGCUGCCCUGGCUCUUGUUUGUUUAGGCCCAGAUUCUGCCCAGACCAGGGCCCAGGAGAGCUCUCAGGAGGCUGAGAAACCUCCAGGGCAGACAGAAAGUUGGGGCCAGAGCUGGGUUUUAGAGAUUCUACAGGAUCCCACAUGGGACGGCUACCUAGGUGGGGCACGGCCCCUACCCGAGAACGGGAGGAUCCUCCAGAGAAUGUGCCACCAUCGAGGAUAUGAGCAGGGUCUGUCCAGAGCCUGGGGACCUUUGGGAGCAGGAAAAGUGAGGUGGGACUUGGAAAGGCUUUGAAUGCCAGGCUGAUGGUUGAGGGGAUGGUGGGCAGGGAGGGAGGGCAAGGAGGCUCCCUCUGGCAUUUGGUAGCAGGUGGGUGGAGGGAGGAGCCCUUGGAGAUGGCUGCAGUCCCUUAAUGGGGGGCCUUGCUCUGGGCAUGUGGGGCUUUCCCUCCAUCCAGAGCUGGCCCAAGAUCCUUGGAGCCCUGAGUGCUGGCAAGUCUCACUGCUCCUGUGUAUUCAAAAGGAAACAGUAAAACCAACAUCAGGAUGUCCAUCAGAAAUCUAAUUUUCUUUCCAAAAAAAAAAAAAAAGUGCCACUGCAGUGAAUACAUGAAGAAGAGACAGCCUUGUUGCUGAUGUAAAGAAAGUUUUAGUGGUCUGGAUAGAAGAUCAAGCCAGCCACAACAUUCCCUUAGACCAAAGCCUAAUCCAGAGCAAGGUCCCAACUCUCUUCAAUUCUAUGAAGGCUGAGAGAGGUGAGGAAGGCAAGAAGAAAAGUUUGAAGCUAGCAGAGAUUGGUUCAUGAAGUUUAAGGAAAGAAGCCAUUGCCAUAACCUGAAAGUACAAGGUGAAGCAGCAAGUGCUGAUGGAGAAGCAGUAGCAAGUUAUCCAGAAGACCUAACUAAAAUAAUUGAGGAAAGUGGUUACACUAAGCAAUAUAGAUAAUAUAGAUAAAACCACCUUAUAUUGGGAGAAGAUGCCAUUUAGGACUAUCAUAGCUAGGGAAGAAAAGUCAGUGCCUGGCUUCAAAGCUUCAAAGGACAGUCUGCCUCACUUGUUCAAGGCUAAUGCAGCUGGUAACUUUAAGUUGAAGCUAGUUCUGAUUUGCCAUUCUGAAAAUCCCAGGGCUCCUAAAAAAUAUGUUAAAUCUACUCUGCCUAUGCUUUAUAAACGUAACAACAAAGCCUGGAUAACAAGACAUCUGUUUACAGCAUGGUUUACUGAAUAUUUUAAGCCCACUGUUGAGAACUACUGCUUAGAAAAAACUAUUUCUUUCAAAAUAUUACUACUCAUUGACAAUACAUCUGUUCACACAAGAGCUCUGAUAGAGAUAUACAUAGAAAUUAAUGUUGUUUUUGUAUCUGCUAACACAACAUCCAUUCUGCAGCCUAUGGAUUAAGGGGUAAUUUCAACUUCCAACUUUUACCAUGUAACAAAUACAUUUUAUAAGGCUAUAGCUGCUAUAAAUAGUGAUUCUUCUGAUGGAUCUGGGCAAAGCGAAUUGAAAAUCUUCUGGAAAAUAUUACCCAUUCUAUAUGCUUUUAAUAAAAUUCAUGAUUCAUGAGAGGAGGCCAAAAUAUUAAUAUUAACAGGAGUUUUGGAGAGUUGAUUCCAACCCUCAUGAAUGGCUUUGAGGAGUUCGAGACUUUAAUGCAGAAAGUAACUGCAGAUAUGAAAGAAGUAACAAGAGAACUAGAACUUGAAGUGGGGCCUGAAGAGGUGCCCAGAUUAGUGCAAUCUCAUGAUAAAAUGUGAAUGAAUGAGGAAUUGUUUCUUAUAGAUGGGCAAAGAAAGUUGUUUCUUGAAAUGGAAUCUGCUCCUGAUGACACUGUUAACAUUGUUAAAAUGAUGACAAAGGAUUUAGAAUAUUAUAUAAACUAAGUUGAUAAAGCAGUGGCAGGGUUUGAGAGUAUUAACUCCAAAUUUGAAAGAAGUUCUACUGUAGGUAAAAUGCUAUAAAACAGUAUCUCAUGCUACAGAGAAAGCUUUAGUGAAAGGAAGAGUUCAAUGAUGCAACAAAUUUCAUUGUUGUCUUAUUUUAAGAAAUUGCCACAGCCAUGUCAACCUUCAGCAACCACCACCCUGAACAGUUAGCAGCCAUCAACAUAUAGGCAAAACCCUCCACCAACAAAGAGAUUACAAAUGGCUGAAGGCUGAAAUGAUUAUUAAUAUUUUUAAGCAAUAAUUUAUUUUAAAAUUAAGGUAUGAACAUUAUUUUAAACAUAAUGCUAUGGCAUAAUUAAUAUGUUUCAUUAUAGUGUAAACACAACUUUAUAUGCACUGGGAAACCAAAAAAUCUGUGUGACUCUCUUUAUUGUGGUGGUCUAGAACUGAACCUGCAGUAUCUCCAAGGUAUGCCUGUAUAUAUAAAGUGCAAUAAGAGAAGCUGCACAAGACAGAAGAAAGGUAUUUUAAGAGUUCCAGGGAAGAAAAAGGUACUUCCACUUUGAUUAAGAUUUCAUGAAGGAGGAUUAAAAUGGCAGACAGGAGGCAGAAGUAGCUUUCAGCUUCUAUUCAGCCAGACAGAGCAGCAUGAGGAGGUUCACAUUGUGAGCUUUUGUUCCAAGAAAUACCACAGGAACAUACCAUGAAAACUGAGAGAAUCCACAGACCCUUUGAAGGAACUGGAUUGCCGCUGAAGGCUCCCUGAGAUUCCAAAAAACUGUGAUUCUGCUUGCUUUCUCAGUGGGGAGGCUGGUGGUCUGGGGCAAGUUCUCAGCCCUGGUCACUGGCUGUCUUAAAAUAGACCCUGUGCUGUUGCGUGGCAGGAUGGGAGUGAGACCAGCCUUUAGGACUGCGGGCUGUGUGGGAGAGGGGUGAGGCCUGUGAC